UCUCCCACUAACAGGCCUUUCCCGCCCUUUCCUCUCACCCUUCAGGCCUCGACGCCCAUUUUCAGGGUCAGGUUGGUCCUUACCAGGCCCCUCACCCCCAAGAAGGGGCUGCUCCUGAUUGUUGCCCCCCAGGCUUCCCAAAAGGCCUUCCUCUCCCCCUGCCAACCCUCUUGCCACCCUCAAGUGAGGGGUGGAUGCCAGUCUGAUUGCCAAGGGGGAGGGAGAAGUAAUCGGUUGUCAUGGUGAAGCUAUCAGCCAAGUGCAUCCUGGCAGGUGAUGCAACGGUGGGGAAGAGUGCCUUGGCUCAGCUGUUUGAAACAGACGGAGCUCAUUUCCAGAAGAAUUACACGAUGACCACAGGAGUGGAGUUGAUCCUGAAGUCUGUGGCGAUACCAGACACCGGUGACAGUGUGGAACUCUUCAUCUUUGAUUCUGCUGGCAAGGAACUGUUUACCGACGUGCUGGAAAAAUUGUGGAUUCAACCCAGCGUCUUCUGUCUCGUGUACGAUGUGACCAAAGAGCAGUCCUUCACCAACUGUGCCCUGUGGCUGGAGAGAGUCCGGACAAAGGUUCAAGGCAUGCAGAUUCCAGGAAUAUUGGUGGGGAAUAAAACAGACCUGAUCGGCCGACGAGUGGUGGAGAGGACGCGAGCCCAAGAAUGGGCGACCAGCCAAGGCCUGGAGUAUUGUGAGACGUCAGUGAAGAUGAUGGAAAACUUCGAGACCCCUUUCCACAGCUUGGCCAGGUUAUUCCACCAACGCUACCUGGAGGUAGAAGAAAUCGUUCAAUCGCUGGUGUGAUGAGCCUGGCUCACUGGAGGGGCUUGCUCGCUCCCAACCAAAACAGCUUCUCCGAAGCGGGAAGCGGUUUCCACCCUCCCUGAAGAGGAGAGCAUUCCAGAUUCGUAUUUUCUGUACAACUUGUCCUUAUAACCUUAAAUAAACCUAGGAGAAAAG